UCUCCUCCCCGUCUAGUCAGCUCCACCUCAGCCUCUCUCGGUCCCCUCCUUGAGGCCCCAUCCCCAAGCCCAGCCCCUGGUCUCCUCCACCAGCCUCUAAUGCCUUCUUCAGGAACCUGGGAGUCUCCUGCCCCAUCCCUAAACAGCUUCACUACAAACAGGCCUCCCAAGCUCCUGCCCCUCCCUCUCAGGCCUUUCCAGUCUCCUUGCCAACUGUGAGGCCUGGACUGGCCUCCAGUUCCUUCCCACCUGCCUCCUGCCACGUACCAACGACCACAGGCAUACUAGGCUACUCCACCCACCUACUCCCCUGCCCCACCCCAUCCAUGGAGACCCAAGGACUGGUUGUGCAUGGGGAGGCUGAGCCCUUUUCCACAGCACUCCGAAGCCUCGUCAACAACCGCCUAUACAGACAAGGAAACAAGGGCCCAGAAUGGGUGAAUGCAAAGCGCGGAGUUGCACCCUGGACUCCGGCCUCUUCUCCCUGGCUCUCUGCCCUUCUCUCCCACAGUGAUGUUCGCUUUGUGGUCGGUCGAGAACGGCAGGAGGUGUUUGCCCACCGGUGCUUGUUGGCCUGUAGAUGCAAUUUUUUCCAGCGACUUCUGGGCCCAGAGCCAGGUCCUGGGGUGCCCAGCCCUGUGGUGCUAAGCACCGUACCAGCUGAGGCCUUCCUGGCAGUGCUGGAGUUCUUGUACACCAACAGUGUCAAGCUGCACCGCCAUUCCGUGCUGGAGGUGCUGACAGCGGCUGUGGAGUACGGGCUGGAGGAACUGAGAGAGAUAUGCCUGGAGUUUGUGGUUAAGGUGCUGGAUGUGGAGCUGGUUUGCGAGGCCCUGCAGGUGGCUGUAACCUUUGGCCUGGGACCAUUGCAGGAGCGUUGCAUAGCCUUCAUAGAGGCUCACAGCCAGGAGGCGCUUCGGACUCGCGGCUUCCUGGAGCUGUCAGCGUCCGCGUUGCUGCCCCUACUGCGCAGUGACAAGCUUUGUAUGGACGAGGCUGAUCUCAUCCUGGCGGCCCGGAGUUGGGCGCGCGUGGGCGCGGCGGUGCUGGAGAGGCCCGUGGCCGAAGUAGCGGCCCCGAUUGUGCGGGAGUUGAGACUGGCCCUGCUGGCACCGGCGGAGCUGAGCGCCCUGGAGGAGCAAAACCGGCGGGAGCCGCUCAUCCCGGUGCGGACGUGGAGCAGAUCGUGGAAGCGUGGAAAUGCCACGCUAUGCGGAGAAGGGAUGCGGCCCGAGGUGCCUCGUGCCGCCGCCGGAGGGGCACCCUGCCCCGGGAGCACCAUCGCUUUCUGGACCUGCCCUUUAAGUGACCAAAGGCCAGGUCUUGCGAGGAAGUCUGGGCCUGUCUAAAACUACAUCUCCCGACGUGCUCUGUCUUCGGAGCGGGCUUCCGUUCCCAGCAUGCUGGGCGAGCGAGGCGCGGGAACGCCAGGCGCAGCGCUGUGUGGGUGGGGCCGAGGAGGAGGGGAGGGCGUGGCCUUGGCUUGGGCCUAACCUCCCGGCCUCGCUGAAAACCGAAGUAGUUUUCACUCGCACUCAACACUCGGUAGCGGGGCACUCUCGCCCGCCCCGUGUAUUCUUAUAACCAUCUCAUAGCUUUUCAGCUCAGCCCCUUCUAUAAUUUCACAGCUGCUCCGGAGAUCGCGUUCUAAAUGCCCCACGGAACCUCAGACUCGGUUCCAAAUUGAGCUUCCUCUUCGUUCCCCAGUUCUGACCCCAUGGUGUUGCUCAUUUCCGUGGGUGCCCAAGCCAAGAAACCUAGAUUUCAUCCUGGCCUUAUUCCUCGUCGCAUCUGCUUCCCGUGUCCUCUACCGUCUAAGAAGGCUAGCCGAAUAUGCCAAGCCAAAACAAGCCGUUUUUGGUCUAAGGGUUAUUUUAAGAUGAUUAGUUUGAGAAACAGGAGAAGCUCUGAAAAUAGAGUACAAGUUACCCUUUUGUAAGGGAAAUUUAUAUUUAUAAAGGAAAUCUCCGUUUGUAAGGCCGCCUCCCUCCCUCUUUGUGCCAGGAGAAGGAUGAGGAACUCAGAAUCAUCUGUGGAGAGAAGCACCACUGAAAUCUGCCUGACGAGCGUUACCCUUGUCUGCUGUGCUUUCUCUGGUUGGUGGCCCCGCACUUCUCUUGCUUUUGUCUUUAGCUGAGGAUGGUAUUUAAGCGGACAUUUUAGGCCACUUUAGGGAGUUCUUAAUUUUUUCCUGGGUAUCUCCCAUGUAUACAUGAAGUAUACAUGUUAAUAAACUUCUGUUUUUCUCAUUUGUUUUUUUAUUUUAUCAUUUUUUUAUUUUAUUAUUAUUAUUUUUUAUUACAGGGAUCUCAGCCAAGAGAAGAGCUUGGGGUAGAGGAACAAUUAUGUUUUCCUUCUUUACAAGAUUUUUACAGCUGGUUCACCUCUUCCAGCCCCAGUUCUGUCAGUACUGUCCGUGGCAGGAAUUACUACAAGGUUCUCAUUA